AUUCACUUCCUGUAUGAGUAUGCCAAUGAUGUUCAUGCGGCUUACACAAAUGUGCACAUCAGUCAGCCGGAGGUGAACAUGGCAGACGUCUCGGAGAGGACACUACAAGUCGCGGUCGUGGUUUCUUUCGCCGCCGGCUUUUUGGCGGGCUGGCAGGCAAACAGAAUGAGGAGAAAGUUUCUGGACUGGAGAAAGAAACGGCUGCAAGACAAAUUGACAGAAACACAGAAGAAACUGGAUUUGGCUUGAAUGGUCGGCUGCUGUCUGGUGUGGGUGAACACUCAUGAUUGAAAAGCUGCUGGGUCCUGGAUGUGCUACACACCUGUCGCUACCUGUGUUCUGGACUGCCCGCAUUUUCUCAUCACAAAUUUUAAAUUGGGGCUGAACUCUUGAUAUUUACUAGCUAUGGAAAUACAAUCCUUAUCCACACACUGCAGAUUGUUUUCUGCCAGACACUAACUUGGAAGAAGUUGGGGAUCUGGCUCCAGUGGUUUUCCAUUCCAACAUGUCUCAGUUUCUGUCUGUUUCAUAUCUGGUCAAAUAAUCUAUGUGUGUUUUUCAUGUUUGUUUUGCUAUGUUUAUUUUAUUCAUUUAAACAUGAGGUUACAGUUUUCAUGGCUGGCAUCACUGGCAUAAAUCUGAAGUGACAACACUAUUGCCAAGAGUUUAAAAGUUGUAAACAUGUUCAUGUCCAGCACAUGUAGGGUGUUGUUUAUCUAAAUGUCUUGACACUUAAUGUCAUACAGGUCACUGUCUUGCCUUUCUGCUCUGACACCAUCGUUGUCUGUAGGUUUGUGACAUAUUUGAGGUAUUCACAUUACAUAUACCUAUACCCCCACCCCGUACACAUCCGAUGUUUACCAUAUGAAAUGUGAGACAAGUGCUUUGAGGAUAUUUGUGCUCCAUAAAUACAGUCCAUUUAACAACAAAAACAUCAGUUAAACAGCAGUUUGUCUUGAAUGUGUCUUAUCUCUGUUUAACACAGCUGAUGCUCUUGUGUCUACUAUAUGGUGAUAUGUUGUCUAACUUUUUUUCCCUCUUUUAUUGAAAUUGUUUUUAUCUUGUUUUUGGUCUUUUUCCCUCCGUUAGGUACGGGUAGGGUGAUUUUACAUCAGUGUGACUCAUUCAUGUCUUAAAACCUGACUUAGACUGAUGAAUUUAGUUUCAGCAUGAAUAUUAAAAACACAAUUUAAAUAA